AUGCCUGACAGCAAGAUCGAACGUGUCGCAGUGAUCGGCGCAGGGAUUUCGGGAGUCGUCAGUGCUGCGCACCUCCUGGCGGCUGGGAUAGACGUGACGGUAUUUGAGCGAAGUAAUGCCGCAGGCGGAGUUUGGCCAUGUUAUGUCAAUUUGACCAAUAAUAUCUCGACUACCUUGUUGCGGACAACUCUCAAUGGCUGGCCAGAUCAUACCCCCGACUACGUCACGCACAAUGUGCUGAAAGACUAUAUCCAGGAUACGGCAAAGAAGACUGGUGUUGAGGCGCACACACUGUAUGGGGCUUCAGUCGCAAAUGUUUAUAAAGAUGGUCCCAAAUGGCACGUGGCUUGGAAGUCGCUGCAAGAAGACCCCCAAGCGGACAGCUUAGUGGAGAAAGAAGACACAUCCGCUUUCGAUGCGGUCGUUGUUGCAUCGGGCCAUUACCACACCCCACUGAUUCCUGAUAUUCCCGGCCUUGCGGAGGCAAAGGAAAAGUGGCCAUCUAAGAUUUCUCACUCGAAAUCAUUCCGAAGUGCAGAGGGCUUCGAAGGAAAGAAUGUCCUCUUGAUAGGAGGUGCAGUCUCUUCUACGGAUAUAGCCAAAGAAAUCAAUCCAGUUGCUCGAAAAGUGUUUCAGAGCACCCGCAACGGCACUUUCGAUCUCCCUGCGACCGCCCUACCUGCUGGAGCUUCCAGAAUCGCAGAGGUCAAGGCAUUUAACAUUCAGGCUUCGGACUCAUUGGAGUUGGAGCAUUUGCCUCUGACGGCACAGUUGAGAACCGGAGAGGUAUUGGAGGAGAUCGAUCGCAUCGUGAUCUGCACGGGAUAUCAGAUGACGUUCCCAUUCUUGCCGCAAUUCAACAACAACUCGCUGGACGUGACGGAAGCGGAUGAUUUGGUGUUGAUUACGGACGGUACGCAGGUUCACAACUUGCACCGGGAUAUAUUCUAUAUUCCGGAUUCCACGUUGGCCUUUGUAGGCGUACCGUUCUAUACCGCGACCUUUUCAUUAUUCGAUUUCCAGGCUAUCGCUGUUGCUGCUCAUUUCUCUGGUGUAGCACAACUGCCAUCUCCCAGUGCCAUGAGGGAAGAGUACCGGGAGCGGGUGCGGGCGAAAGGAUACAGACGGGAAUUCCACUCCCUCAAGGGGGUAGAGGAAGAAUACGUAAACCAGCUUCUGGAAUGGAUUAAUCCCCAAAGGGUUUCCCAGGGCCUUCCGGAGAUUGAGGGCCAUUCCUCUUCCUGGCGUGAGGCUAAGAAGGCCCAAGUUGCGAGGCUAAACACGCUCUUUGGUAUCACCGGGGCGGAAAUUACUAGUAAAGACCUAGAAAGACCCACCGAGAUAGAAGUUUCCGCAUAG